AUGCCGCCCUUCAAGGAUGAGCAUAUCCUGAUUAUUGCCCCGGGCAGCUUGACGACGCUGGCCCAGUUGGGAUUACCGGAGAGCUUCACGCCGGCGAGUACGAAGGUUAGGACGCGCAUGUUCCCUGCUGGGGAGGGGAAGUGGGAACCGUAUAAGAUUAAUGAGGCGAAGAAGGCUACGCCGCCGGCUGCGAAUGGGGGAGAGGUUACGAUGGGUGGGACGGGCGAGGAGGAGACGGGCGAGGAGGAGAAGAAGGAGGAUAAUGAGCUCGAGCCCGAGUUUGAGGAGGAUUUGGAGUCCGAUGAGGGGGCGGUAUACCCUUUGACUGAGGGCAUAAUCACCAACAUGCCAGCGUUUUUGGCCCUGAUGAACCAUAUCCACAGCGUCCUAUCGCCCACCCUCCACACCCCGAUACUCCUGAUCGCGCAGCCAGCAUGGACAGCACAAGAUAUCGAAGCGCUCACGCAAUUCUUCUUCGAGAAGUUCAAGACCCCCGCCUUCUGCAUCAUGGAUUCCGCGCUCGCGAUCUCGUACGCAUACGGCGUCCAGAACGGCACGGUCAUCGAUGUCGGAUUCCAAAAGACGGACAUCACAACCAUCCACGACUUCUCGGUGCAGCAUGUUGGUCGCGCCAUAAGCGUGCCAGGGACUGGAGGUGAUGCUAUGACGGAACGGUUGUUGGAGCUGUUGGGACCGAAGGGCUGGACGAGGGAUAUGUGCGAGCAGUUGAAGAAGAGCCCGUUCUGCGAGAUCUUGCCUGCUGGUGCGCCGUUACCUGGUGCGGAAGACGCGGAGGAUCAAGGAGCCAAUGGCAAUGGGGCUGCGAUAGGUGAGGCAGCGGCAAGUUUAAUAGGUGCACCGCACGCAGAUGUCGACGAGGAAGAUGUAGAGAAGGGCGUUGAUGAGGAGGGUGUUCUGGACGUUGCGAGCAUUGUUGCUAGCGGCAAAACGCAGGAGUUCUUGGCGCAGCAAGAGCGCAAAAAGCAAUUGGCGGCAUCGAGGAAAGCAGCAAAGGAUGCGCGAGACGCAGCGGAGGUUGCGGGUGCCAAGCCCAUUCGACUCCCCAACUCAAAACGUGAGAAGGUUAUUUUCCACUACCAAGAGCGCAAGGCACAGGGUGAGAUCGAUGAAGCCCUCGAGAAUGGCAAUAAGGCAGCUGCUGCAGAUGUGGAAAUGACAGAGGCGGUUAAGGAAAAGACGCCUGAGAUGGCUGCAGCUGAACCAGUCACCAAGGAAGCAGAAGCCGCGACGCCUGCCCCAGAAGCCACUAGUGAUACCAAACCUGCCGAAGCUGUGCCUGCUCCAGAAGCCACUGGUGAGGCCAACCCGGCCGAAGCCGCACCUGCUUCAGCAGCCGAUGGCGAGGCCAAACCUGCUGAGGCUGCCCCUGCUCCAGAAGCCGACGGAGAGGCCAAACCCGCCGAAGCUGCGCCCGCCCCCGAAGCCAACGGUGAAGCCAAACCCGCCGACGCCUCCAUCACAGUCGAAGACGCAUCCGCGAAGCGCGAGCAAGUACGCGCCGCCAAAAGGGAAGAGAAGCGCAAAGCCCGCGAAGGCGCCGGCGACCCCAUGCAGUGGCGCCGCGAGAUCGAGAUAGGCACCGAGCGCUUCCAGGCCGCGAGCAAUGGGCUGCUCGACCGGAUUGCGGAUGCUGUGCACCGCACUGUGUUGGCUGGUACGGAGUCUAGCAAGCGCGGCGAUCUGUGGGAUUCGUUGAUUAUCGUGGGCAAUGGGAGUAGAGUUAGGGGGUUCAAGGAUGCGCUGCUUGCUACGCUGACGAACAAGUAUCUUAUUUCCCCGAGCUCGGCGUCGAUUUUUAUGUCGGAGUUGCCGUCGAAUUUGUCUACCCCUAUGGGCACUGGUGCGCAGACUCCUCAAAGGGAUUACCCUGCUGGGCAGCACGCGUUGCCAACGGGGACUGGCGUCAACCCGCUACUACUAGCAGCGACAACAGCCAGCAAUCCAACGCUAAACCCAAACGUAUCGGUCGCGAACUCGUUUGGCGGCAGCGGCAGCCACAGUCACAGCAGCCAUGGGCAAACACCGACGAGUAUGAAGAUUGCGAAGGUGCCCGAGUAUUUCCCUGAAUUCAAGAAUGAGGGCUUCGAAGAAUGUGUGUUCCUCGGCGCGCAGGUGGCUGCUAAGGUCAUCUUCGUUCAGGAUCAGGGCGUGAGCAAUGGGUUUAUGAGUCGUGUGCAGUAUAACGAGAAUGGGCCCAGCGGGAUACACGAUUUGGGUUUGACGUUCUAA